AUGACCUCAUUUAACCCUCUCAAGGACCCCAUGCGGCUGCCUUGUUUGUGGACUUGGACUGUGUCGGGGGUCGCCCUCAGCAGACUUGCCCCGGAGAGAAAAGCUUGGAGGAAAGACCACCCAUCUGGGUCUGUGGCUGUCCCAACUAAAACUCCCGACGGCACGAUGAAACUCAUGGACUGGGAGUGCGCCAUUCCCGGGAAGAAAGGGACCCCUUGGGGAGGAGGCUUGGGUAAAUUGCGGAUGCUCUUCAAAGACGACUACCCAUCCUCACCUCCAAAAUGCAAAUUUGAACCGCCCUUGUUUCACCCGAACGUGCACCCUUCCAGCACCGUGUGCCUGUCCAUCCUCCAGGAAGGCAAGGACUGGGGGCCCACCAUCACGAUUCAGCAGAUCUUGUUAGGAAUACAGGAACUUCUAAGACCAAAUAUCCAAGAUUUAGCUCAAGCAGAGGCCUACACAAUUUCCUGCCAAAACUGGGUGGAGUAUGAGAAGAGAGUUCUAGCCCAAGGCAAGAAGUUUGCACCCUCAUGAGCAGCGACCUGCGGCAACAUCGAAAGGAAGGGACUGGUUUGGCAAG